GCGUGCCUCUAUGCUGAUGAAGAGCGCGCACGGAGUCUGUCUCUUAGCCGUUCUCCUCGCACGGGCGGAAGCGCGUCCUUUUAUCCUCUUCCGCCGUCGCCUGAGUGGUGGAAUUUCCCCGACGGACUCCCCAAUCGCCGGCCGGUGUAGCGUCGACGGUCCCGCCCCACCCUGACGGUCCUUCAGUCUGAUAGUGUGUUUGGCACGAGGCUGUCCGCUUCGUGCCGGUGCGGCAGUCGGGGAAGGAGCGACUUUCUUAUUAUGUGCGCCGGCUGUCGGUCCGUCGCGACAAUAUAUAUAACUUCUGUAUGAGAUUAUAUGCAUUUCGUAAGUCCAGCUUGGUGACUAUGCGUGCCUCUUAGAGUUCCUCUAGGGCUAAUGGAUGUGUGGCCAGUGGAAGGGGGUAACAAUAUGUUAGGGUGACUUGAUUUAAUCCCCGAUAGUCAAUGCAUGGCCUGAGUCCACCCUCUUUCUUCUCCGCAAAAAAGAAUCCCAUUAAUGUGGGUGAUGUGGAGGGUCAAAUGUAGCCCUGUUUAAGUACCUCCUCAAUAUACUCUUCCAGUAUGGCCCGAUUCUUAGUGGCUGUCAACAGAUAAAUGCAGUUGGGUGGUGGUGUGGUGACUGCCGUGAGCUCUGUCGUAAGUAGGAUGAGGGGGUAAGAUGAUGGCUUUGACUCUAUUAAACACGUCCUGGAACUUCUCGUAACAGGUAAGAAUUUCCACCUAAUGUAGUGAACGUAGGUUGUGAAAGUGCAUCCAGGGAAAUCCGAGGAUGACGGGGAAUUUAGUUAUAGUGAUGACACCUGCACAUCUAUAUAGUUAUCUAAUCAGCCAAUCGUGUAGCAGCGCAAUGCAAAAAAUAACGCACACACCGGUCAAGAGCUUCAGGUAAUGUUCAUAUCAAACCUCAGAAUGAAGAAAAAGUGUGAUCUUUUUUGCGACUUGAAUUUGUUGCAUGGAUUUUUGUACUAGAUGGGCCGGUUUGAAUAUUUCAGAAAUUGCUAAUCUCCUGGGAUUUUCACACACAAGAGCUGCUAAAACUUACACAGAAGGGUGCAAAAAAAAACAAAAAACAUUGAGUGAGCAACACUUCUGAGGGUGGAAAUGCCUUGUUAAUAAGAGUGGUCCGAGGAAAAUGGUUCGAGCUUCCAGGAAGGAUAUACUAACCGUGGUGAGCAGAAAAGCAUCUCAGCAUGCACGCAACAUCAAUCCGUGCAGUGGUUGGGCUACAGGAGCAGAAAACCACACCGGAUUCUACUCCAUUCAGCCAUGAACACUAAUCUGAGGCUAUCAUGGGCACAGUUUUCACAUGAUCUCAUUUUACUUCCUUAUGUAUUUCAUAAACAUUUAUGAUUUUUCCGUAACGGAAAACAUUAACGUGCAUUGUAGAGUAUUCCAGCAGCAGGAUUGAGGAAGCUCUCAGAUAGCUACACCAGUGUGACUUCCUCCCUGCAUUGACCAAUGGUGACUCAGGCUCCACCUGCACUCAGGACACAAAACCGAGAGCUCCAGUUUCAGCACUCGCACUAAAACACAACAUUAACACACUCACAUCCUGCUACUUUUGUGGAUUACUGUUUUGAUGGCGACAUUUCUGACUUUCUGCGUUUUAAUAACCACGUUUUGUACGACUGUAAUCUGGGCUGAAGCAAGUAAAGAAGAGCUGCGAACGCUCAAUCGACAGAAAAGAGAAUGGAUCAUCCCUCCAAAGAAACUGGUCGAGAAUGUGGAUUAUACCACAGGUGAUUUCAUUGCCAAAAUCCGAUCGGAUGAAGAGACCAGGACGGAUGUGGAAUAUUCUCUAAUAGGAGCUGCAGUGGACGAGGGAUUAUUCAGCGUAGGCAGAAAGAAUGGCUACGUCAAGAUCCAUGGCAUCUUGGACAGAGAGAAAACCGCUAGUUAUGAACUCAAAGGGAGAGCUACGCUAAUAAAUGGAAAACUUGCUGAAAGGGACCUCGAUUUGAAAAUCAUAGUUUUAGACCAGAAUGACAACGCCCCUGAGUUUAAAGUUCAGAUGAUUGGUUCUGUUUACGAGCUCAGUGAUGACGACACCAGUGUAAUUGCAAUCCAAGCUGACGAUGCUGACGAGCAAGGCACGGUACAUUCACAAAUCACCUACAGGGUUAUACAGCAGAAGCCGGCUGGAGAGAUGAUGUUCCAAAUAGACCAAUCAUCUGGUGAAAUCAGAGUCAAAAUGAACACUCUGGACCGAGAGAAACAAGAAACGUACCAACUGAUCAUCACAGGUACAGACAUGAAAGGAGCCAUGGAUUAUGAUCCCAAAAACAGACCACUGACAGGAACAGGGACCGUGACCAUCAACAUACUUGAUGUCAAUGAUAACAUCCCCAUAUUAGAGAAGAACUCAUACGAGGGUAGUGUGGAGGAGAAUAUCAAGAAUAUUGAAGUGAUCCGUGUUAAAACUAUAGACAAAGAUAAGCCCCACACUGAGAACUGGGAGGCUGUGUACACCAUCAUCUCAGGGAAUGAAGCCGUUCACUUCAACAUCACCACCGACCCCGAAACUAACGAGGGCAUCCUGGUGGUCACUAAGGAGCUGGACUAUGAGGAGAGGAAAGAGUUCAAUCUGACACUGGAGGUCAACAACAAGGCAGCUUAUCACAAGUCAGUGAUUGUCAAGCGCAUAACCUACACUAUUAAUAUCAAAGUAGUGAACAUGCCCGAAGGCCCUCAUUUCAAACCCCCUGUCAAAGUCGUCUCCAUCUCUGAAGACCACAAAACGAUCGGCCUGAAGACGGUCAUCACUACGUACACGGCCACGGACAGCGAUACAAUGUUAACCGCCACUAACGUCAGGUAUUUAAAAGGAGAAGAUGUGGACAGCUGGGUGAGCAUUAAUGAGCAAACAGCCGAGAUCAGACUCAACAAAUAUCCAGACCGCGAGUCCAAGUUCCUGAUCAAUGGAACGUACUACGUCAAAAUCUUAUGCAUCACCAAUGAUUUUGUACCCAAAACUGCGACAGGAACUCUUGCAAUUCAGGUGGAGGAUUUCAACGACCACUGUCCGAUUCUGACCAGCUCAGUCCAAACGCUGUGUUACAGCAACCGCGUAGUGUACGUCACAGCCACGGACGGGGAUAAAUACCCCAACGCAGACCCUUUUACAUUCACAGUGGUUACCAAGGACACAAAGGAGAAAUGGAGCUCUGAGCGUCUUAAUGAAACAACAGUCAUUUUGCACAGCCAGGAGAUCCUGUGGCCGGGACGCUACACAGUUGGACUGGAUGUCCAAGACCAGCAGGGAAAGUCCUGCGAGGUUCAAAAGCUUCAGGUAACCGUGUGCACAUGCACUGAGGAGCAAGUGUGCCGACCCCAGAGACGGAGCAGCACCAACACUGUACUGGGAGCAGGUGGAGUUCUGGUACUACUGCUAGGAAUCCUGCUUCUCUUGUUGAUUCCGGUGCUUUUGCUGUUGUGUGAAUGUGGAGGAGCUGCAGCUUUUGGUAAUUUCCAGGCCUUUCCAUUCGAACAAGAACAGCACCUCAUCACCUAUCACACUGAAGGCCAAGGAGAGGAUAAGGAACUAUCAAUGCUGCAUCACGUACCCGUGAAUGUAAACGGUGGCAGCAAUGGGAAAUUGGUAGCUGGAUGGGGAGCACGUGAAGACUCGAAGAAAUAUGGAUGGGAAUCUCAAGAGGAAUACCAGUGGCAUGUCGACCAGUAUAAAGGUUUCAUUGUUGCUAAAAAGGCAACUGUAAAGGGAGGACAUUAUGAGCGUUGUACAGUGAGCAACUUCAGUCUCAUUGCUCUAUCCGAGACCUACUUAGGCAACUACUAUGCAAAGAAAGUACAAGAAAAGGCACUGCAGGAAGCUAGUACAAACCAGGUGCUCGUGUCUAACUACGAAACCUGCCACUCAGUCACUGGCUCCUUGGAGGACAUCUGCAGCCAUCUACACGAGGAUAACAAUCUGGAUUUCCUCGAUGGCCUCGGGCCUCAGUUCAAAAGGCUCGCCGAGAUUUGCUGUGGCUCGGCCAUUAAACUCGAGGUCAGCUCCACUCCCAUGCCUCCCAAAACAGUCUCCUCCAGUUCACAAUUGGGUGUCAAAGUGGAAAGUGCUGUUGGUGGUGUCCACAGUGAGGCCGCCUCCGUCUCUGCAUCCAGCUCCUCCUCCACCAACCAAAUCACAACUACAGAUUAUGGAGAGAAUAUUAGCAGCGAAGGCGCCACAUCAACAACCACUGUAGGCCAAACUCUUUUCAUCCAGCAGCCAACUGUCUACCUUUCCUCUACCCCCAUGUACGUAGUGGAGCAACAUCAUCAGCCCACCUUGUUUCUGGCUUCUGCUCCAACCCUUCCCAGCCUGGGGUUGCAGCAAGCAAACACCAGAGUACUGGUGGAUCCCGGUAUUGGAGACACAGUGGUGCAUGAGUUCUCAGACCACCAUGACCAUCAGAGCACUGUUUCUGGUACUGUUCAGGUCGUAGAGAGCCAACGAAUGGAGAGAAUGGAGCCUGCGCAUGUCCUGCAGAGCUCCUCACACUCCAGCAUCAGCAAGAGUCCGAGUAUGCAAGCCAGAGGGCAAAGUGGAUGGUGA